UGCAGCUGUUGGCCUACGAGCGUCUGCCGCCUCCCUCGUCGUGUCCGAGGAGCUGCUACACAGUCGGGUUCGACGUUUAGCGUGUGACCAAUUUUAUUUAAUUGCUCGUGCAGCGCGUGCCGCCGGCCCUUGUGGUAGCCAUGGAUGAAGAGUACGACGCUAUCGUGCUAGGCACCGGGCUUAAGGAGUGCAUCCUGAGCGGCAUGCUGUCAGUGAGCGGCAAGAAGGUUCUGCACAUGGACCGCAACAAGUACUAUGGGGGGGAGUCGGCCUCCAUCACACCAUUGGAGGAGCUGUUCACCAAGUUCAGCCUGCCAGCGAGUCAGCUGGACGAGUACGGCCGCUCACGUGACUGGAAUGUUGACCUGGUGCCCAAGUUUCUCAUGGCCAAUGGCCAGCUGGUCAAGCUGCUCAUCCACACGGGCGUCACACGCUACCUUGAGUUCAAGUCGGUCGAGGGCAGCUAUGUCUACAAGGCGGGCAAGAUCCACAAAGUGCCAGCUGACGAGAAGGAGGCCCUGGCAUCCAGUCUCAUGGGCAUGUUUGAGAAGCGCCGCUUCCGCAACUUCCUGGUGGCUGUGCAAGACUAUGCCUUUGAUGACCCCAAGACGUGGAAAGACGUUGACCACCAGACCACCGCGGCCUCCCAGCUGUACGAAAAGUUUGGCCUCGACAAGGACACUGCUGACUUCACGGGACAUGCCCUGGCCCUGUACCGGGAUGACGAGUACCUGCAGAGGCCAUGUGGGGAGUUGAUCCGGAGGAUCAAGCUGUACAGUGACUCACUUGCUCGAUAUGGCAAGUCUCCUUACCUCUACCCACUCUACGGCCUUGGGGAGCUGCCACAGGGCUUCGCCAGGCUGAGUGCCAUCUAUGGGGGCACGUACAUGCUGGACAAGCCCAUAGACGAGAUUGUGCUGGACGGUGGUCGAGUGGUGGGCGUGCGGUCGGGCAGCGAGACUGCACGCUGCAAGCAAGUCUACUGUGACCCCUCCUACGUGCCAGACAGGGUGGAAAAGGUGGGCCAGGUAGUGAGGUGCAUCUGCCUGCUGAACCAUGCCAUUCCCAACACCAAGGACUCGCUCUCCUGCCAGAUCAUCAUCCCUCAAAAGCAAGUCAACCGAAACUCGGACAUCUACGUGUCCCUGGUGUCGCACACCCACCAGGUGGCAGCCAAGGGCUGGUUCAUUGCCAUGGUGAGCAGCACUGUGGAAACGGACAAUCCGGAAGCCGAGAUCAAGCCAGGCCUUGACCUCUUGGGACCCAUUGCGCAGAAGUUUGUCAGCGUCAGUGAUGUGUACCGGCCCAUUGACCUGGGCUCUGACAGUCAGAUCUUCAUCUCGCAGUCGUACGAUGCCACGACCCACUUUGAGACGACCUGCCUGGACGUCCUGGACAUCUUCCGCCGUGGCACCGGCGAGGACUUUGACUUCUCCAAGGUGAAGCACGACCUUGGAGAUGAGCAGGAGUAGAGACACCAGUGUGCAGGACUGAAGAUGGCCGUCGCCACCACUGCAGGCACCGCUUGGACCCAUCUCUUAGUUUUGCCUCCAGCCCUUGCCCCAACGUCGACUCACUGGCUUCCCGAGUGUGUGCAUGUGUAGCUUGCUGGGUGGUGAGCAGUGCGCAUGCCCCCUUGCGCAGCUGCUGCUGUUUUUGCCGGCACUGCUCCUUGACAAAACUGAACCACUGUUUCUCAGCGAAAAUGUUAGGGGGUGCUGUUUUGUUCAGAAGGGAAUGUGGCAUUGUGCUCGCUCAGCAUGACCUGUGAUUCUCGGUUCAGUUGCAUCACCAGCAACCAUUGUUGCAAGCAAAGUGAAGAGCGUUCAUCGCACUGCCGACCUUCCUUCCUUUUUCUUCUGUGCUCUGCGUCUGGGCUGGUCUGGAAGUGAGGGUUUGGGUCAGUGGCACAGUGGUCUGACAAUGUUAUCCUGUCCCUGUUGCUUACUGCUGGCCACUCUUUGCCGGGGUCUUUUCAGGGUCUGCCCCCACUGGCAAGCAUGUUUAUUUUUGUGCCGUAAAUUAAGUUUCUGUAUUGUUCUUCCAUCUCUGCUGCUCCCCCCACCCCCUUUUCAUUAUCUCGUGUCUUGUGAUUGUAGUUCCUAUGUUGGAUGGCUUGGCAUGGGCCUGCGGAGAAACCUUUUUUUUUUUUUUUUUUUGCAGACAGCGGAACAAACAUGAAGUGAAGGAUUAAAAAAAAAACAUUCCUUGGACUCGGGUCUGGCUUGGUUGAGAAAUGGUGGAGGCUGGUGUGUUGCGCUAGCUGGCUUAGAGCACUGAGGAGGAGUUGCACAUAUUGGCAUUUCCCAAAUGCAAGGAGCACUUAAUAAAUUUGUCUCGUUCACGGCAGAAGCUGCAGCCCUGCUGCAAGAUUUUCUUGUAUGCAGCGGUGUGUGCGAUUACUUUUCACGUAUAAGUACGUGGUGCAUGAAAAACGUCUGGUGGUAUGCAGUUUGUGCUCUUAGCUCAUUUCAGUGCUAACGCUGCUUAUUGAAUGCACCCAGCUUGAUCAGGCGCUCAGACAUCUGUCACACAUAGUACCGUUUGGGUCUGGUUAACGCGGCACAUGAAUGCCUUCAACUCUGUGUGUGCUUCACAUACCGAUGUCAUGCUUGCGAGCAUGUGCAACUUAAAGACCACUAAUUAAAUACCUUCUUUGAAUGGUUGAAUUGGCUGUUUGGAUGUGCAUGUAGAAAUAUUCAUGGGCUUCCGGACGAAACUUGAGGGGCCCUGCAAGAUGUUUUGAAGGUUUGUGAAAUACAGCUUAAAAUUCACCUCACGAGUUUCGCCUCUUGCUGCCUGUUGCUGCUGUUUAUAUUUGCUGACCAGGCCUUGCUGCAGCUUGUGUAAAGUGCUUUUGAACCCUGUCACUAAACAUGGUGGCCAGUUCAGUUUGUGGGCUGUUCCACAAUGCUAAGCAUGCAGAUUGAUCCAGAGGAGGUGGCCUAACUUGUGGCUAGGAAUGCAACACUGAAGUUUUUGCUAUCUAUAAUGUAGUUUCAUUGCACAGCAGUAACAUUGCUGAGGAUGCUAGAGACAAUGAUGUGUUGCGAAGUCAAAAGAAAACCAGCCAACAGGCCAUUAUAUUUCUUCGACCAUUGUAAUAAUUAGAUGGAGAGGAGCAUCUUUGUUGGCUCAAGGGCUGGCAACUGAGCAGCUUUUUGCACCAUGUUCAAAAAGUGAACAGAGGGCACUACAAAAUAAAAUGCAGUUUAAUUGUGUG